ACUGUGUGAUUAAAUCCAUGUAUACUUGAAGGAAAGGAAGAACAGUAGGGAGAGGAGAGGAGUUAACAUCAUCCAGUUCUGAAUGGAGUUCUGCCCAACUUGUGGUAACAUGUUGCAGUAUGAGACGGCUUACAUGAGCCGCAGAGCCAGGCUCUUCUGUCCAACAUGUCCAUACAUCUCUGAAUUAGAAGAUAAGAUAAAGAUAAAGAAAAGACAGCAUCUGGUCAAGAAGGAGAUUGAGCCAAUAUUUAGUGGGGAAGACGCCAUGAAGUUCGCUCCAAAAACAGAUGCGACCUGUCCUUAUUGCAACUUUGGACAAGCAUACUACAGGCAACUUCAAAUUAGGUCUGCAGAUGAGCCCAUGUCAACGUUUUAUCAGUGCUGCAAUGAAAACUGCAAACGUGAAUGGCGUGAAGACUAAUAUGAAACAUGCACUUGCUCGUUCUUUCAUUUUUUAAGGG